AUGCAUAGCAUCAAUAAGGAAACUAAAAUGAUCAUGUUGGAUAAAAGCGGUGUGAAGUGGUUUACGGAUCUACGGUCUGAGACGAGUGGUGGUGAUAGAAUAAGAUUAAUAGGAGGUUGGAAAGACUUCUUCAAAGCUAACUGUGUGGAGAUAGGUGAAUCCAUCAUUGUCAAGCUGAUUUGGGAAGGAGACAAAAGUUGUGUCCUUGAGUUCUACUCCAAGGAUCUUAUUUCUGAUAUAGGAUAUUUUCUUCCGGUAAACAUCACGAGGAUGAAUGGCAUCAAUAAGGAAACUAAAAUGAUCAUGUUGGAUAAAAACGGUGUGAAGUGGUUUACGGAUCUGCGGCCUGAGAGGAGUGGUGGUGAUAGAAUAAGAUUAAUAGGAGGUUGA